AUGGCUGAGAACAGUUUGAAUAAAUUUCAAGAAGAAAGUGAUCAGUAUAGGAGUGGACAGAGAGACCAAGGGAGUCUAGGAAGCCAAUUCAGGCCUAGAUCUCAGGCUUUCAAAGGAAAACAGUGUAUGAAGCGUCUUGGCUUGCAAGAAAUUCCCUUGUCUCCUCCUAUGGUGGUUACUACCGCCAUGGAUAAUGUGGUUGAGACACCGUUGAUUUGUGAAAAUUGUUCACUCUCGGUUGAUGUGGUUUUAGGGAUGGAUUGCCUCUCCGCCAAUUCGGUGUUCAUUGGAUAUGAAGAGAAUUUGAUUAUCAUUCCAUCUAGUGAAGCUAAUCCAAAGGAUGUAUUAACUACUAUCUUGGAAGGUACGGUUGGCAUGGUUAAUUUCUUAUUUGAGAAUGAAAAGUCAAUUCUCUUGGUGCUUACCAAGGAAUCUAGCGAUAAUCUGAGUGUUACGCAAAUUCCUGUCGUUUGUGAAUUUCCGAAAGUUUUCCCUGAGGAUGUCACCUCUCUUCCUCCUGAAAGGGAAGUGGAAUCCUCUAUGGACCUAAUACCUGGGACGACUCUAAUCUCCGUUUCUCCAUAUCGCAUGGCGCCACUCGAGUUAAGAGAGUUGAAGAAUCAAUUGAAAGAGUUGUUAACCAAGCAUUUCAUCUGA